UUUUUCGUAAGGAUAAAGAAGUAAUUCGGACAGUUAUCCUUAGAACUCAAUACAAAGUAUACGAGAUAUCGCGAAAUCCAUAACCUUCCACAUCCAUUUUCUUGUUGCUCGUGUCAAUUAAUUCCCACCUUUCUUUUUCUCGCUCAAUUGACGUAACAUUCUCGCCAGAAAGAUUACAUUUUUGUAUGAAUAAAUUUUCGAAUUGAUAAAUUUAUACGAGAUAAAUAGUGCAACGCACGGUUCACCUUUUACAUUUGCGACCUACCUGAUAGGCGAUAAGCAAGCAGCAGUCCGUCAAACGAUACAGGAAUCUCAACAGUGCGGUUACACUCAAGGUGGCAACAAAUAUGAAUGAUUAUGAAGUGGAGGAUGUAGCGCCGUUGCAGAAGGAUUCUCUGAAAGAGAAAUAUAUUCUCGUGGACAAGGAGGACAGACCUGUUGGCGAAGCCACCAAAAAAUUCUGCCACGAGAUUGACAAGGAAGGAUGCGUGCCGCUCCACAGAACGUUCAGUGUUUAUCUAUUUAACAGCAAGGGCGAUUUGUUACUCCAGAAACGAUCGAGCGUUAAGAUAACUUUCCCAGAUUGCUUUACGAAUACGGUCUACAGUCAUCCAUUAGCAGAGAUUCCUGAAGAAAUGGAAGAAAAAGAUGCUUUAGGUGUAAAACGAGCCGCAAUAAGGAGGCUCAAUUAUGAACUGGGGAUACCUACCAACGAGGUCAAACCUUCCGAUUUAUUUUAUCUGACAAGAAUUCGUUACCAGGAUACUACUUGCGAUCGCUGGGAGGAACAGGAGAUCGCUUAUAUAUUAUUUCUGCAACGAGAUAAUAUUACCAUAAAUCCUAAUCCCGAUGAAAUAAGCGAGAUUCGAUGGAUACCACGAUCGGAAAUUGAGAAAUUUAUGAAGAGCGUGCCACGAGUAACACCGUGGUUUAAUCUGAUUUACAAAUUCAAAUUGCUGAAUUGGUGGGACAAUCUACAUGCUUUAAGUAAGGUGCAAGAUCAUAAAAGUAUAUCUAUGUUGAGGAAUUGAUGUGUUAUAUGUAUAGAUCUUGUCACUAAAGAGAAAUUUGUCCAAAUGCAUUUUAUACAAGUUUUCUAUUUCAGGAAUCGUUUUAGUCAAUAUGCAUUUAAACAAGUUUUAUGAAAUAAUAAUAAUUUAUAUUACCGGAUACGGAAAAUUAUUAGUUUAAGUUUAUAAGCUUUGUUCAUGUUUGUAUCUAUCUAUAUUAUUGUUAAUAUAAAUAUUAUACGAUUAAAUAGAGACGGGCAUAGAAAGACAAUUAUAACUUAUUGCGUUUUCAUUGUCAAAUCUUUUACACAUAGGGCAAGGUGAUAUAAUUUUGAACUCUUGACAUGUAUUCUAUUUUUUAACUCAAAUAUUUAAGUGCAAUUAGAAAAUUUUCUUUUUGAAAUUUGCUGUUCGAAAAUGUACCACCAUAAGAACAUUUCUCAGCAUGACAUUAUAAGUGUUUCUCAAAUAAAUCAUUUUUUAGCGUUUAUAUUUGGCAAUAACAGAAGAGAAAUUUAUAAAAAUUAACAAUAUUGUUAUUAAAUACUAUUCAAAAUUAUUAUUUGUUAUAGUGAUAUUUUGAUUUGUAUUCAAAAAUUUGUACAUUUGCACGUAUAAAAUAUCUUCGAACGAAAAGAAAAAAUUUUUUAUACAAUUUUUAGUGAGACUAACAAGCACACAAUUGUUAACAUCACACAAUGAAAUUAAAAAUAAAUUUAAAUUUUGAAAAUCUUAUUUUAUUUGGAAUUAUAUUGUUCUAUGUAAAGUUUUACCAUCUUACUCAAUAUUGUGUAACUCAAAUUAUUGGGGAAAAGUAACUUAUAGUUAUCAAAGGUGGAUAUAUUCAAUUUUGAUAAGAGGCUUAGUCAUUUUUUUGUUAGAUCUUUAUAAGAAACCAAUAGGCCUAUUCUAUAACUCUUAACGACAGUGUCGAUAUUGUUAUACAUUGUCGUUGCGCAUAUUAUAUAUGACAAAAAAGCUGCGUAACUACAAUAUAACGAUACCGUACUGUCAUUAAGAGUUACAGUAUAGGCCUACAGGUCAGUAAUUUAAGUAUUUCUUGUUAUAAAUGGUUUAUGUUAUGUUGAUGUUAUUUUAUUAAAUAUGUGUAACCAAAUAAAUUUAUUAUGGCAAUUUA